GGUUUGCUGACGUCUGGAGUGGAGUUUGAGUCCCUGCCUGUUGCGCUGUCCCUGCCUGCCGAGUCUGGCCUGUACCCCGUCACUCUGGUUGGUGUCCCACGGACGGCUGGCAACAUCACUGUCAACGGUUACCACACGUCAGUGUUUGGUGUGACCAGUGACUGCCUGCUCGAGGGCCUGCCUGGUGUUAAGACUAGUGGCUGUUUGGUGGAGGUCAUUCCUGCCCUUCCUCGCCUCCAGUUCAGCACAUCGCUGCCACG